AUGACUUUGAACCGAAAUUGGCCGCAUCAGAUUGAAGUGGAGAGAACAGGGAGUGUUCGUUGCCUGCACUACUAUCACCGCUUUGAGUAUAGCCCAGACCCAUCGCUUUUCCGAAUUUUUCACAAGACUGCUCAAUCUUCCACCAAUCUUGCCCAAAUCAAAUCCUCUUACACUUCUUUUACUGCCCCUGACUUUCAGCUCCAUCCCCACGAUGCACCCUUUCAAACCUCUCAAGAAAUCUUUGCCUGUGCAUCCUGUUUUACAUUUAACAUCCUGACCUUUGUUCUCAAGCAGCGUGGUGAUGAGAAUGUUAUCCCUCACGUUCAUGUCUCUCUCGCGUUUAUUUGGGCGCUGUCUAUGGUUCUGGAAGCAAUGGCUCAAGUCCAACACAAAAUACCUUGGGCUGAACUGGUCACCCUUCUGAAUACUCUAAAUACUCAGGGAUUACAUGAACUACGCUUGAAGAGUGAAAACUUCCCAGCCCCAGAGGAUGGGUCAAGAUGCCAUUUGCCGGAAGAUUUUGCUAUGCAUGGACUGGUUUGGAGCCAAUUAUACUAUCCUGCUGGGUUUUUUGAAAUCUCCAAUUUAGCUUAUGAAGAAGAAAGGAUUAUGGAACUUCCUAAUGCUCAGAACUGA